AUGAUGUACGUUGCCUACUUUCUUCCAUUUACAAAAGCCUGCCAAACAUGCUCGUCAACUGAACACUGGACCAACCGCUGUCAAACUCUCAACUUACAAUCAACGCUCAGUAAUCAAACACCAACUCAAUCUACACUACAAAAAACAACGUCACCCACCCAGCCAGCACCAACACCAAACAGCCAACAAGCAGCACCGUUAGCCAAGCCACCUCCAACAACAAGCAGCCAACUAGAAACGCCAUCCGCCCAGCCAGCACCAUCACCAAGCAACCAACAAGCAGCACCGUUAGCCAAUCCACCUCCAACAACAAGCAGCCAACAAGCAGCACCAUUAGCCAAGCCACCUCCAACAACAAGCAGCCAACAAGCAGCACCGUUAGCCAAGCCACCUCCAGCAACAAGCAGCCAACAAGCAGCACCAUUAGCCAAGCCACCUCCAACAACAAGCAGCCAACUAGAAACGCCAUCCGCCCAGCCAGCACCAUCACCAAGCAACCAACAAGCAGCACCGUUAGCCAAUCCACCUCCAACAACAAGCAGCCAACUAGAAACGCCAUCCGCCCAGCCAGCACCAUCACCAAGCAACCAACAAGCAGCACCGUUAGCCAAGCCACCUCCAACAACAAGCAGCCAACUAGAAACGCCAUCCGCUCAGCCAGCACCAUCACCAAGCAACCAACAAGCAACGCUCAAAAACCCGAUCAACCCAGCCAAGCCGCCAAGUAUACCAACAACACCUAGCAAACAAACAUGCGCAGCAAGGUCGGAAUCAGAAAAACCAUCUGCAUCAUCAACCCUAAAAACGAACACUCUGCUCUUGUUCUCAGAUAUGGACAUUACUACAACCUUCAAAAGGAAGAAGGAAGAUAGCCCCACAGAAGAAAAUAAAAUAACAAAAAGUAAAAAAUUAAUUCGUGACUUCAAACACUGCAGGUUCUGCUUAGAACAAUGUAAAUCAUCCAGGGAAAGGGAAAAACACGAACGAAGUAUUCACUACAGAUGCUUACAGUGUGAUCUUUGUGCAGACAAAGGGCACUACCCAGACAUAUUAUCACACUUUGCAGAAAACCAUCAAGAAGAAACGAUGUAUGACUGUAGAGAUUGUAACUUAUCCCUCCCACUAGAGAGCAUGAGGGCACAUACAAGUGUACACCAUAAGAAAAAAUAG